AUGACGACGAUGCCAGACGAGGAGAAGAGCAACGCCUACUCUUCCUCAAAAAUCGUCGAAGUUGUUUUAGCCGAUAAGAGAGCGCAACCGUGCACGCACGAAGACGAGCUGAGAGCGUUUGGUUUGCUCUUAUCCUCCUUUUCUUCUUGUUCUUCUGAUGAUUUUGCGGACAACAAAAGAGCGACGAAACGACGGAGAAAAGAAGAAGACAAAGAUGAAGACAAAGAAACGAUGGACCUAAAUAUGGACGACGAGGAGGAGAGAAAGAGGAGCGCAGUUCGAUCGAAAUUCGACGAGUAUAACGCGCAGGCGGAUGGUUUCGUGGGAAGGUUUUGCGAAGAGAAAGAGGAAGAGCAGCAGUUUGAGGGUGAGGGUGUGAAAGAGAGAGUGCACGUGCUAGGGGAUGCGUUGGUGGCGAGAUGUUUGAGAAGAAUUUUCCACGAGGAGAAUGGAGACGAAAAAAGCGAAUUCAUCACGGAAGAGGACGUUUUAGACGCGGAUUUUGAGAAGAGCGAGGUUUGGAGCGCGAUUGUAGCGCGUAAAAGUCAUGGUAGGAGUAUCGAUGAUGGCGAUGAAAACGAGUCUCGAGUACGCGUCGUCGUCGCUUCGGCGCUGGAGUCGUUCGAGUCGCGGGCGAAAAUUGAUCGGUUGUGUAAGAAGUUUAAAGUCGUUUUAGUAGACGUCGGCAUCGAAGACGAUCGAGGAUCGGUUUUUGUGGUAGAUUCGACACAAAACACGACGAGUUACGAGUGUUUGCCGAGAGAUUUAGAUGAGAGUAGUUUAAAGAAGAAAGAGAAGGCGCCGUCGUGCGUGUUGGAGAAUUUCCCGUUUCAGUUUUCGCACUGCGUGGAGUGGUCAAGGCACGUAUUUGAGAGGGUUUUCGUGAAGGAAGCAAAGGAUCAUUACGAGGAGGAGUUGAGAAGAGCAGAGGAAGAAGGAGGUGAAAGAGUUUACGAUGAAGGUUUCGUGGAGGCUGAUUCGGCGAAUCGCGCGAAUCGAUUAUUCGUCGAGCUCUUUCAGACGAAAAUAGACGCCAUUCGCGAGAGUUUUCCGAGAGAUAAAGAUGACGGGAAGUUUUGGGGCGACGAGAAAGGAAAGAGGUUUCCAGAACCGGUGAGUAACUUUAAGACCGAAAUGAAACGAGUGCACACCGAGUUUCUCUUAGCCGCCCAAACUUUGUACAAGUUGAAUUAUCACAACGAUAGGCCGACGUGGGAUUAUAGUCUACGAAGAUUCGAAAGCUUAAACGGUAAAGCGCGAUGGGACCAUGCGAUAUUCGUGGAAACGUGCGCGUUACUUCGCGCGAGAACGUAUCGUAUCGACGUUCCAAAGUAUACGUACGAAACGCAUCGAGACGUUUUGUUCGAUCUGCCUCGGAAAAAUCCAGUCGCCGGAUUCGUGGCGGCAAAAAUCGCUUCGAGAGAAAUCAAGAAGAUUUUGUUGAAUGAAGAAAAAGAGCGUCGCAGUCAAAACUCUUUCUUCAACGUCGUCACGAACGAUUUUGUCGCUUCCGAGUGUCCAUCGGCGUUUGUAGAAACAACCACGAAUCGAAGUCGAAAUCUUCCGGAUUUGCAAUGGACAAUCUGGUCUGUUAUCGACAUCGACUGUUUUCUUCCUGGAAAGAACACGCUCGGAGAUUUCUUACAAACCUUCCGCGAACAGGUUGGUUUGGAACCAGCGUCCGUUGGCGUCGGCGCUGCGCUCGUGUACAUGGAAUUUAUGAGUAAAGAAAAACGCGCUAUGCGAGAGAAAAUGUCCGUGGUGGAUGCGAUUCGAGAUACGUUGAAUAGUAGCGCUAGCCUUAGUAAAGAAGCGUUCGAACCAAUCAAGAGGAAGAAUGGCGAAGAGGAAUACGUCGUGUUAACCGUCCAAGCCGUGGACGAGAAGGAUGAGGAUAAAGAUAUUCCGGAUGUGAUUGUUCGCGUUAAAUAA